AUGGAGAAGAGCCCUCCUCCAAUAUCCCAGCCUGCGCCUGCUCCACCUUUCACACCAUUGAAGAGGUUUCUGGCCAGUUCGUGCGAAGGAGAACUUCGCAUCGAGAAGAAUCCCGUAGACAAGCUGGAGCAGAGCGCCGAGACACCUCCUUGUUCUGGUGCAACAGGCACUCAUCCUCCGAAUGGGAUUUUGUCGAACGAUUUCAGCUUGUAUGGAGGUAUCGUUGGAUGUAGUGGUAAGGGUGCGGUCACCAGAAGAGAGAACUAUGGAGAAAGAAAGGGGAUGCGAAGCAGCUCAUCUACAGUUGCCGCCGCCGCCGCCGCCGCUUCUGUUGUGAAAGGCCAAUGGACUUCUGAGGAGGACAGUAUGUUGGUCCGACUGGUGAAGCAACAUGGUGUUCGGAAAUGGUCUCAGAUUGCUAAGAAGUUGAAGGAAACAUGGACCGAAGAAGAGGAGAGGCUAUUAGUGGAAGCACAUAAGAAGGUGGGAAAUCGAUGGGCUGAGAUCGCGAAGUAUAUCCCGGGCAGAAGUGAGAACUCCAUCAAGAACCACUGGAAUGCAACGAGGAGGAGGCAGAAUGCAAAGAGAAAGAGCAAGAGAAAGACAGCUCAAGGUGGAGGUUGUGGACCCUCCGUUCUACAAGAGUACAUUGCAAGUAGGAUGCUAGACCUCCAGGACAAUUGCACCACCACCAAGAUCACCCCCUCUACAUCCCAACCACGCCCACCGCACCAGUUCCGCAUCACAUUUCCAAAUGUACUGCAAGAACCCUUAUCAGCUCAUGACUCCUCUAUGUUAACCACAACCCAGAUGGAAGAUUGCAUUCCCUCCAUUGAAGAAUUUUUAAAUCAGUCUACUACUGGGAUCACUGCGGAAGAGGGAGGAUUUCAUGUUGGUGAUGUCCAAGAUCCUCGCGUUCUGGAUUCACUAGACAUCUUGGACUUCGACCAGUACCGCAAUUACUCGAUCGCCAGUGUGGAUCAACGCAUGCCACUGGCUCCUCCCCCAGGGCUUGACUUCUUUCAUGGUGAAGCGAAUGGUCUUACUACUGCUGGCUCAGAUGGUACUAGCACCAACAGUUCUACCCAUCUGUACUCGGACAGUUACAUCUCCUAUCUUCUAAAUGGAGCACCCUCAUUUUCUACUGAUGCGUUCGCUGGCACCGGUACCCCAAUUCCCAAGGAUCAACCUUCUUCAAGUUGCAAAAAAAGAGAGCUGGACUUGAUAGAGAUGUUGUCAUUGCAGUUGUCUCGGUCUCAGUCUCAGACUAGCAGCAGCAACGGUAGUAUCUAA